AUGAAUUUCAACCAGUAGUUUCUUUCUUUCUCAUUCAAAAGAAGGAUUGGAUAAAGAAAUUGGUUUUGUUGGUUCUUUUGAGUUAUUGUGAGUGACAUAGAAAUGGUAUCAGUUGUUUCAAACACAUCAAUGAUAAGAGGAAGAGAGGAAGUGUAUGUAGCAACAAUGCCUCUAAGGGCUACCAAGGGACCACCUCAGUUGCUUAUGUCUGCUGCUUAUUCCCUUAAUUUAUGGAAUUUUCAGCAUUUCAUGGUCAUCAUCAAACCUUCUUCCUCACCUUCACAGGUUAUGGUUUUUGAUUUUCAACCAAAAGAUCCUGAAGAUAUAUAUGUGGCACUAGCAAGUUUAAGUGGUAGAACUGUGCCAGGAGUUGUUCUUGUGAGGAAGUUAAAAAAGUUGCCGCGAAACAAAUGUUGGUUGGUUGGAUAUGCAGAAGCAGAUGCUGUAGAAAUAGCAGCUGAUUUCAACAGAAAAUGGGAAACAGAUUUGAGAAUCGGUUAUAAUGAUUGUCGCGAUUAUACCAAUGGUUUGGUCGCGCAACUCACGGGCGAAAAAGAUGUGCUGCAACGUUUGAGAAACCUUGGUAGCUAGAGAUUAACGAUGGUUCUUGUCUUUGGAAUAUGCAAUGUUAUGGAAGAGUGUUUGUUUGGAUAAACAACUUAUUUGCAGGUUAUGACAUAAGUGUUUGUUUAUGAUGAUAAGGGCUCAUGUAUAAGUUUACAUAAACUUUGGUUUCUUAUGAAACUUUGGUUCAGGUUGGCAACAGUGAUCCCUCCUUUCCCAUCCAAAAGAAGAGAGUCAGCAGAGAAUUUUUAAGAACAAAAUCACAUCUUGGUGCAGUAUGCAUGGUUUCCUUUUCUUUAGCAUAUGUUUGUUUACCUUCCUGCUUACGCCUUUGCUUCAUUAUGCAAAAAGGAUCAAUUCCUUCAAAAUUUAAGUCAUGUAUGUAUGUAACAUACUAUGACUGUAUUUAGCCAUCAGAUUCAUCAAAAAAACAAAACUAAAUUCCAACACUGUAUUUAGCCAUCAGAUUCAUCUAACCCAUAUAUAGCUAAACUAAAAAUGUAGCCA